GCGGUUCUACGUGAAGAGAUUUCUUAUUAACAGUGGCAUUUCCCAGUGUCUGCCUUUGUCAGCUGGCGUUGCCGCCCUUGACGCUUCGCGCAAAUUGUCGCGAGUUCAAUAGCCCCGUUUUUCUAGACGCUGGCGUCGCAUUAACGGCGGGAGCUCAGGUCAACUGUGCGGGCAGUUCUCCAAGACAGUCCGCUGGUAGCUGCUUCAAGGCUAUUCCUUCCCCACAUCAGUUGGAAGACAUGGUGCUGGAGCAAGGCAGCGCCAGGGAGAAAGUGCUCGAGAAGAUCGACGAUGCCGAGAAGCUUCUGGCGCAAUGCGACUCCCUGAGCGCGUGUCCGGGCAAGAGUAAGCUGCAGCGCAAGAUCCAGGCCGAAAUCAAGUUCCUCCGCAAGCUCUGGAAGACGCCCGAGGGAAUCAAGGAAGAGCACCUGCGCUGCACCAACCUGGCCUACCUGUCGGCCGUUGUCACCUGCUCGCUGGCCGUCACAGGACUGGUCGACGUGCUCAAGCCUUUCUCGCUUCCCGAGAGUGAUGCCGACUGCGAGAGGCAGAGGCGCUGUGCCGAUCGGACGGUUGUGGACGUGGUGGCCAGUCACGGGGCAGCGUGGAUCAAAGUGGUGGCGCGUAACCCUGACGCCCUGCUGACCUCGUCUCUUGGAGACGGGGAGUACGGCCGGCGGACCAUCCUGGACCAGCUCCAGGACAUGGUGGAGUGCGCCGGCUUUCACCCGCACCUCUACAAGGCACCCAAGGUCAAGGUGUGGACCGUGCUGCCCGUCUGCAAACCACUCCGGGAUAUCAUUCAGGCCGUCGGUGCAGAGGUGCUCAACCAAGAGGAUGUGCUAUUGGCUGGCGAUGAGGAAACUCCCGAGGCUGCAGCAGACGACAGCGAGGCGGGCAUUGACGACUGUGCGGAAAACUUUACGGCGUUGAAGCUACACGAGGUGCCCAAGGAUGCCGUGCUCAACCUCGACGUCUCCACGAUGAUUGCAUGCGCAUCUGCACUGACCAACGGCCGCUGUCACUUCCGAUUCCGUGAGAACGUACUCACCGAGCAAGCCGAGAGUGAACGCCGCAGCCCAGUCCGGCCGGCUCUAGAUGAGCUGUUCACGAGCCGCAAGCUUGUCUGCUGCCAAUCCGCCUACGACGACUUCUCGACGAUCGUGAAAGUCAUGGCCGGACCAUGUGAAACCGAGGCAGCACGUAGACUGUUCGAACGACUCGAGGUCGUACCGGACUCUCCUUCCGAACGUGCUUCGGCGCUUGCUCUCCGCGGAAAGAUCAGAAAACGCUCAAAGAUCAUCUUUGGGACCGGCGACCGACUUAAGGCAGUGACCGUGACUGCGAACAGCGGGUUCUUGAGGGCUGCCAAGGCCCAGGGCGCUGACUUUGUUGCGUUUGUGCACGAGUCGCGGGCACUGACGGAGGCGAAGGAAGUCAAUGCUACACCAAUCUAGGACGUCUUUGGAAUUUUAAGAGAGCUUUCCAUCUGGUGCUAGCUUGCUUUGUCUUCCCAUGACGCUGCAGAGAUGCCACUAGGUGAGCGGUGGCUGACAGUCGUGACUGGAGGCAACAGGGUGUGAUCACUUUUGUGAGAUAGCCAAUGUCUCACCUGGUGUAUAGUCUUGUCCGCCAUUAUGCUGGUCGUUAUUUUGUACUGACCGGUGACUGGCUUAACGCUCUUAUUGAAGACUAUUUUCGCAUUAAGGGUGCAAUGUCAUGCUGCCUUUAUAGCUACUGUACUUUAAAUUAAAGCUGCUCAUGUGUACGUGUUUGGCUGUUAGUGUUUUUUUGGCAACCACUUCAACAUCAAGCAGGAAAAGUCUGAUCACUUAUCUUUCAAAAAUGUUUAUCAAGAAUUUUUGACUGGCUUGCUGGUCGAGCCACUGGAACUUUGUUCUUCUGUUGUGCACGUAGGUGCUGUCAGCUUAAAUUUAAACGUAAAAAAAAGAAGAAGAAGAAGGUAACAAGAAAACGUCUUGUGCGGGAUUACAUGAACAUGUAGCGUUGCAUCUCUCUAGGUCCUAUCGCUAAAUGUUGGGCAGUCUCUUACCCAUCCUCCGGAGGACUGAUCUCGCACAUGUCAUAAGCGUUUGCUAAUGCAGGAUCAGAAAAGCUUAGCUCAAUCUGUUUAGACUUGUUUAUGUUGAUGGCCCUUACCCACAACGACUUCAGAAGCAAAAGUCUACACCUAUUAUAUUGCCCUUGUGUUUGGCCUUGUGAAAGAGUGGAAUAAAUAUUGUUCUGGCCCUUUAAUUUCAGUACAAAGGGUAUUAUAUCACUUACAAGACAUGCCCUUUUUAUAGCUAUAUUUUGGUUCUGAGCCGUGAUGAAAUGAAGUUGCUGCACUUCUUGAUUGACUAGGCUCGCAAUGAUUAUUUGUUAUUGGAGUACUUUAUUUACGUUUGUUGUUCACGCUGAGAAGAAGCAUUUGCAGUUCUUCAUUGAGUAUUUUGCUUAUGAAAACACAUGAACUUCCACAGACUUAUGAUGUCAUACUUAAAUAGCCUCGACUAUGUUGACUUUAUGGCACUACAUGCACGUGUUUGUGUUUCAAAACCAGUGACUUGGAAUCCUGUGGUCAUUAGGAAAUCCAUUCGAAUCUCUCCCUAAUGUCCUUUGCUCUAAAUGACCUUGUGCUCUUCUGCUACGUGGUGGUUUUGUGAAUCAUUCUGACGUGAGUGCAAUUUUUGCCACAUUCUGCUUGACAAGUGCCUGCUUUGAUACUGGUGAGAGAUUGUCAAGAAGCAAGUUGCUUUGUGCGAUCGGGCAAUUUGCUUGCUCAAGACUUUUCUGUUAUUGUGUGACGCAGAAAUGAAUUUCUUCUGCCUACA